AUGAAGAAAAUAGAUGCUGUGGACGAAUGGGCAAGGCGCGUGAGAGUUUGACCAGCUUCAAUACGUUUCUUCUCCGAUAUUAACGAAAAAGAAAGCAGGAAUUUAAAUAGAUAUACAGAGUCGUGACUCUUUCUCGUUUAAGUUGGAUACCAUUGUCAACAACGCCAGUAAGAAGAUCCAUUUGAGAGAUUACUUCCCCUCCUCUUAGAUUGUGAAUCCUGCAAGUACAUGAUCGGGUGCAAAUCUUAAAGCCAUUUGAGGUUUGAUUAAAUGGAGAAUUAUGGUUCUCAAUACCCUUAUUAUCCAGGACCUCCUCCUCCUCCUCCCAACUCAGAUCCAUACCCUCCACAAGCUUAUCCACCGCCACUUCAUCACCAGUAUGGUUCUAUGUCUCAUUCUGGUCCUUUGGAUUAUGCCCACCGUCCCCCACCACCACUUCACCACCACUAUGGUUCUAUGUCCCCUUCUGGUCCACCGCCUCAUUAUUCUUAUGAUCACCAACACCAACCUUACCCUUAUCCUCCUCAACAACCUACACUUCAGCCCCACGCUAGCUUUGCCUCCUAUCCCCCACCCCCUCAACACCCUCCUCGACCUCAUGAUAAUUUCGGAUCGUCUUCCCCACCUGUUUACCCUCCUCUUCAUGACCUUAUGGGUGCUCUCACCCUUUCUUCUCAUCAUCACCCACCAUCUUCAAACCCCGGCUCCUACCAUGGACAGCCUUAUCACUCCUUUUCAACUCAUUCUCAUUUGUCUCACUCGGGCAGGCUUGAUUCCCCACUCCCACAUAGUCCCAGUUUGCAGAUUGUUCCCUCUGGUAAACCCUCCUUGAAGGUACUCUUGCUGCAUGGUAACUUGGACAUUUUGAUUUAUCGUGCCAAUAACCUCCCUAACAUGGACUUGUUCCAUAACACACUGGGUGCCGUCUUUGGAAGCAUAAGCAACAUGAUCGAAGGACAGCUGAGCAAGAAGAUCACGAGCGACCCUUACGUUUCCAUUUCAGUUGCUGGUGCCGUCAUUGGAAGAACUUACGUCAUGAGCAACAGCGAGAACCCUGUCUGGCACCAGCACUUUUACGUUCCCGUCGCUCAUCAUGCCGCCGAGGUCCAUUUUGUUGUCAAGGACAGUGAUGUUGUGGGUUCUCAGCUUAUAGGACUCGUCACCAUCCCCGUCGAGCAGAUACACUCUGGUGCAAGAAUCGAAGGAACUUACUCCAUUCUGAGCAGCAAUGGGAAGCCUUGUAAACCUGGGGCCACUCUGACAUUAUCUAUUCAGUACACCUCAGCGGAUAAACUCAGUGUUUAUCACAGCGGAGUUGGUGGAGGUCCUAGUUACCAGGGUGUCCCUGGAACGUAUUUUCCUCUCCGGGAAGGUGGGAACGUGACGCUGUACCAAGACGCACACGUACCUGAAGGGAUGCUCCCGAGGAUAAGACUCGGGAACGGAAUGUAUUACGAAAACGGAAAGUGUUGGGAUGAUAUGUUUCAUGCCAUAUGUCAGGCUAGGCGUUUGAUUUACAUCACGGGUUGGUCAGUGUGGCAUAACGUCAGGCUUGCUAGGGAUAAAGGAAACCCUGCAUCGGAAUGUACACUUGGUGAGCUCCUAAAAUCAAAGUCCCGAGAAGGUGUGAGAGUCCUGCUUCUCGUUUGGGACGACCCUACUUCACGAGACAUCUUGGGAUACAAAACAGAUGGAGUGAUGGGAACCCAUGACGAGGAGACUCGCCGUUUUUUUAAGCACUCCUCAGUUCAAAUCUUGCUAUGCCCUCGAAAUGCUGGAAAACGACAUAGUUGGGUCAAACAAACGGAAGUUGGAACCAUCUACACACACCACCAAAAGACUUUGAUAGUAGAUGCUGAUGCUGGCGGUAACAGGAGGAAAAUCGUAGCUUUUGUAGGCGGACUUGAUCUCUGUGAUGGCCGAUAUGAUACACCUCAACAUCCCUUGUUUAGGACGCUUCAAACAGAUCAUAAAGGUGACUACCACAACCCCACUUUCACGGGUAACCUCUCCGGUUGUCCAAGAGAACCUUGGCAUGAUCUGCACAGUAAGAUUGAUGGCCCAGCUGCGUACGAUGUCCUGACCAAUUUUGAGGAGAGGUGGCUGAAGGCUGCGAAGCCUCACAGAAUCAAUAAAUUGAAGACGUCAUAUGAUGAUGCAUUGCUCAGGAUUGAAAGGAUCCCAGAUAUAUUAGGAGUCUUUGAUGCUCCUACUGUUAGCGCAAACGACCCUGAGGCUUGGCAUGUUCAGAUCUUCCGUUCCAUCGAUUCAAACUCUGUCAAAGGUUUCCCAAAGGAUCCAAAAUAUGCUACAAGCAAGAAUUUGAUGUGCGGUAAGAACGUGCUCAUCGACAUGAGCAUACACACCGCAUAUGUAAAGGCCAUUCGUGCAGCUCAACACUUCAUCUACAUUGAGAACCAGUAUUUCAUUGGAUCCUCUUACAACUGGAAUGCUCACAAGGAUAUAGGUGCCAAUAACCUGAUUCCUAUGGAAAUUGCUUUGAAGAUUGCUGAUAAGAUCAGGGCAAAUGAAAGGUUUGCUGUCUAUAUUGUCAUCCCAAUGUGGCCGGAAGGAGUUCCAACCGGCGCUGCUACACAGAGGAUUCUAUAUUGGCAGCACAAGACAAUGCAAAUGAUGUAUGGGACUAUCUACAAUGCGUUAGUGGAGGCUGGGCUUGAUGAUAAAUUCUCCCCACAAGACUAUCUAAAUUUUUUCUGUCUUGGAAACAGAGAGAUGGUGGACGGAAAUAAUGAAACAAACCAAAGCAACGAGAACACUCCUCAGGCAUCAUGUCGAAAGAGCAGAAGAUUUAUGAUAUAUGUGCAUUCAAAAGGGAUGGUUGUUGAUGACGAGUAUGUGGUAAUUGGAUCUGCAAACAUAAACCAAAGAUCAAUGGAAGGCACGAGAGACACGGAGAUUGCAAUGGGAGCUUAUCAGCCUCAACAUACAUGGGCAAGACGACAGUCUGGUCCUCGCGGUCAGAUAUUCGGGUAUAGAAUGUCACUUUGGGCAGAACACAUGGCAAUGUUAGAUGAUAGCUUUGAGGAGCCAGAGAGCCUAGAGUGUGUAAGCAAGGUGAGAAGAAUGGGGGAGGAGAACUGGAAACAGUUUAGGGCAGAGCAAGUGUCGGAGAUGAGGGGACAUCUGCUCAAGUAUCCGGUGGAAGUUGAUCGGAGAGGCAAAGUACGGCCACUACCAGGGAGCGAGGAGUUCCCUGACGUUGGGGGAAAUAUUGUUGGAUCCUUCCUUGCCAUACAGGAGAAUCUUACAAUCUGAUUGAAAGCACUUGAUGAUGAUUGUGUUUUGACUUGCACAUUAUUCUAUUUAUUUUAUUUUAUUUUUUGAACUUAA